CUUUUUAAAAAAAGCAAAGUGUGGCCCAUGGUGAAUCCGGUCUCUUUCUCACCGGACCGACAUAAGACAGAUUGCUCACCGCUGUUCAGAGUUUUAAAACCGUCAUAUCCUCUGAUUACGUCGGCAAAAUGUCUCUUAAAGAUUCUAAAGCCCCUGCUGAAGAGGCCCCAAUCCACAGGAUCAGGAUUACAUUGACCAGCAGGAAUGUCCAGAGCUUGGAAAAAGUCUGUGCUGACCUUAUUAAGGGAGCCAAGGACAAACAACUCAAGGUCAAGGGGCCAGUCCGCAUGCCAACCAAGAUCUUGCGAAUCACCACCAGGAAGACCCCAUGUGGUGAGGGUUCCAAAACCUGGGAUCGCUUUCAGAUGCGUAUCCACAAACGCCUGAUUGAUCUUCACAGUCCAUCAGAGAUUGUCAAGCAAAUUACCUCCAUCAGUAUCGAACCAGGUGUUGAGGUUGAAGUGACCAUUGCUGAUGCAUAAAUGUUGUCGCAUCAGACAACAAGGACCAUAAUUAAACAAGCUCAAGAAACAAAUAAAAUGGUCAAAAUAUAAA